GUGGCCGUGAGUACGUAGGUGUUUCCGGUGUGUUAUAAGAUUUUACUUCCUUCUGCACAGCUCGACGCGAACAAACCAAGAAAGAAGACAUCGCAAACUACUAAAUGUCGCCGCAAACAUUUGUCUAUGUGUCUACGUUUCAUUCGACGAGCAUCUAAAAGUCCUCACAAUGUGUUGAGCUGAGAUCGAAAACCGAAGAUUCGUCGGAAAGGUUGAUCGCGACGUUGAGGCCUCGCGAAGAAAGUUUGGUCGAGGGCCUGUAAACAACAUGUCCUCCGCGUCGCAGCCCUCCUCAAGGCGGCAAUGGUGCUACCUCUGCGACCUACCCAAGAUGCCAUGGGCCAUGCUGUGGGAGUUUAGCGAAGCAGUGUGCCGGGGAUGUGUCAACUACGACGGCGCGGACAGAAUUGAGCUCCUCAUUGAGACAGCCAGGCAGCUUAAGAGCACCCACGGAGUUUUAGACGGCAGGUCUCCCGGCCCACAGCAGGGCAAAGCCAGCUCGGCUGGAUCCGUGGAGGGAGGGCGGCCGCAUGGAGAACGUCUAGACCGGGGGAGGGGUGAGUAUGGAGCGUCGUCUCGCCUUCCUAAUGGUCUGCACAGAGCUGAAGAUGUGUCAGAAAGCAGCCGGCAGAGCCCGAACACUCGCAGGGCAAUGACCGGGGCACUUCCAAGUCUCCACGGGACCAUAUCACAUGCUUUUGGGCUUGCUCAGGGUUUAGUAGCAUCUCCACAUGGGCUCCUAGCACCGAUAUCAGGCUCCAGACCGGGGGCCACUCCCAUUGCUGUCUCGGCCGGCCCCAUCAUGAGCGAUGCUGGUAGGAGACAGGCUGUAUCUCUGGGUGUGGGAGCCAGCACAUCUGCCUUGGUGGGCAUCGACCCGGCAACGUGGAGGAACAGUGAAGUGAUGGCAGAGCUCAACGAGGUGGCACGGAGCCGAGUGGAAGGCUGGCCAAACCGUCCCAAAGCUGUCAGGGAUGUUCUCCUGGCUCUCAGUGGCUGUGUUCCCUUCACGGUGCGCUUCAGGAAAGACCACAGUCUUAUGGGGCGGGUUCUGGCUUUUGAUGCUGGAUCCUCUCCAGAGUUCGAGCUGAAGGUGUUUGUGGAGUAUCCGGCCGGGUCCGGGGUGAUCUACUCGGGAGUUGCGGACCUGGUCAGGCAGAUGUUCCGUGAUGCGGCCAAGGAUGCUGGUAAAGCGGUAAACUCCGGGCUGCGCUACGUGGAGUAUGAGAAGCGCCCCGGAACUGGAGACUGGCGUGGACUCUCUGAGCUAUUAAACGACAGCGUGCGUAUGUUCAAAGAACCGCCCAUCCCCGAGGUUCUCCCACAGCCGGAUGCAGGGAUGCCCAUGGCGGCGGCGGGGCGUUCUGUCCCAGCCAAGGGCACAACACGGCGUCGCAAAGCAUCCCCUGGCUCUGAGAACGGCGAGAGCGAAGGAAGACCCGAUCACCCUUCUCGAGAGGUGUGGUCCAGAGGAGCUUACCCGGGCAUCGAACCUCUUCCUGCCCCUCCGGAUGCUCCGCCUCGAUUACACAGCCAGCCCUCGCCCAUGUCGGCGCUCAUGGGGGUGGCUGACAGCCUGAGCUCCAGCCAGGUGGCCAGAGACAGCCCGGGUAUGUCCGCAGCCCACUCCUCCAUCACCGGCCGCACCGCCACCAGCAGCCCCUCCACCCCCUCCACCUCCAUCUCCCAGGCCGCCGUGGGCCUGAGCAGCAGCACUAGUGGCGGCGAGUCGACAGGAAGCGGGGGUCAGGGCACCCUGCUCUGCUGCACGCUCUGCCGAGAGCGCCUGGAAGACACCCACUUUGUCCAAUGUCCCUCCGUCCCGCACCACAAGUUCUGCUUCCCCUGCACCAGAGGCUUCAUCCGCAGCCAAGGUCAAGGAGGAGAGGUGUACUGCCCCAGCGGGGAGCGCUGUCCCCUGGCCGGAUCCACCGUGCCCUGGGCCUUCAUGCAGGGCGAGAUCUCAACCAUUCUGGCGGGGGACGGAGACGUGACGGUCAAGAAGGAGAAUGACCCUUGACGUCUGCAUCCUUUCUGCAAUGUGGACGAUGACGAUGAUGAUUCCAAAGCACUUCCCUACCGUGUCCAGCAGAGGUCCUCCACGAGGACGAGACUGUUGGCUAAAGGACCCAACAAGACUCACUCACGCCUUUCUUCAGGCCUCAUUUUCAAAGUCGAAAGCACACGUUUUUGUUGUAAUAAGAACGACAAUCUGUUAUGUUUUUUAUUUCUGUCGUUGGUGAUGGUGGCUCACGUUGAUGACGUUAAGAUGUUCCUCAAACUAAAUGAUGAAUGUUCAAAAUGUGGCAUAACUAGUUUCCUUUCCUUCCUUUUUGGAGUCAUGUGACCUCACACGAUGUUUCUCCUGUUGGUAGUCGCCGUCUGUCAAAAAUGUGAAUUUGCUUUCAAAAAGGCUACGUGAUUUCUAUUUUUGAUACGAUUGCAGUUUGUUCACAGUCAUGAGAAGACCAAAGAUGGCUUCAUGCUCAUUUAUCAUUUGUGUACGCUGUAACCCUUCUAUCACUUGUUUCUUUCACAGAGGUAUGCUUCUUUUUACAAUUACUUUAUGAAAUAUGUAUAUGAUAAUUAGCACCAGUUUUCAAUGUUUAACCAACAUACUUGUCAUCUGAACGAUCAAUUCCACAAUAAACUACCUUUUUUUUAUAUUUCUGUCACAGAAAUACAACAUGCUCAAAUAAACUUUUUUUUUUACAAACUUUAUUCAAUAAACACCAAAACGAACCCAACAUCACAUACUGUAUGCUUACUUGCUCAACUGGUAGCAAAGUCCUACUACAGUGUGAACAUAGUGUAGUAUGACAUUAUUUUAGGACAUGAAACACCAUGAUGGGU